UUGCACUUUUAGCACCAAGGUACGUUCAUCUCUAGGAGACAGAGAUAUUUGUGGAGUGAUUGAAAAACAAGUUUUAAUGACUCCAAUCUAAGUGUAUGUAAACUUCUGACUUCAACUGUAAUUGGGUAAAUACAUUGAAUAUUAUAUUUGUAGAGGCAAAUACCUCAUGCUGUCAACAGCUAGGAAUGUUCUUGAUUUAUCUCACAGAAGGCCAUUAUCAUCAGUUUGUUUGUCGAUAUGUCAUUGUGGAUGUGGUCAUUGUUGAUAUGGAUGUUGUUGAACCUUCCCACUGACCAUGUCUCUCAUCCAUGUACCAUGACAGAGAAUGUGUGUGUGUGUGCGUUUGUGUCACGCCCCGUGAGUUGGGGUGGGCAUUCUAUGUUUUUGUUCUAGGUUUUGUAUUUCUGUGUUUGGCCUGGUAUGGUUCCCAAUCAGAGGCAGCUGUCGAUCGUUGUCUCUGAUUGAGAACCAUACUUAGGUAGCCUGUUUUCCCACUAUGAUUUGGGGCUAGUUAUUUUCUGGUUAGUGUUUGUUGCACCUGUCAGAACUGUUUGUGUAUCGGUUUUGUUUGUGUGUUCAUUCUUGAUUAAAAGGUAUUAUGGAUGCGUACCAUGCUGCACUUUGAACCUCCUCUCCUUCCACCAACGAAAAUCGUUACAGUUUGUGUGCGUGUGUGUGUAAUAGAGAAUGUCCUGUCCUUCCACUCCACCUUGCCUGACCACAGUGACCAGUGGAAAACUCCACUGUUUCUUUCCCUACCUCCAUUAGAGCAUUAGUGAUCCCAAGAUGCCUUUCUCAGCUCUUAUCGCCUACCCUGGGAUAGCCUGGCAACAAGUCAUCCCUCAACCCCUCCCACUCCCUCCCGGCCAGCCUAGACUGUUUACUCUCUCUGGGGGUUAACAUUUAACAUUUAUACCGGAGCACCACAGCUGACUACAUCAUCAGAGAUUGUGGACAGCAACCUUCCCAAGUUACUUGGCACUUUGGCUGGCAAACCUUUGAAGUGAAUUGUACGAUGGGACCUCGGACAGCUGUCAAUCCAUCUAAGGAAAGAAAGAUGGUGUCCGGGGGGCAAGAUAACAGUUUUAGUAGUGGCAACAGCGGGUAUUGUAACAGAGGUCCCAUGCUUAGCCCUACCUCACCUGUGCUGUCAAACCCCAAAUCAGUGCUAAAGAGACAUGUAAGUCCAGAGGAGCUUCGGAGACCAGGAGGUUCAUACAUAAAGAGGACGUUUACAAUUGUGGGUGAUGCGGUGGGCUGGGGCUUCGUGGUCAGGGGGAGUAGACCAUGUCAUAUCCAGGCAGUGGACCCCAGUGGCCCUGCAGCAGCAGUAGGAGUGAAAGUGUGCCAGUUUGUGGUCUCUGUCAAUGGUCUGGACGUCCUGUCUCUGGACUACAAGACGGUCAGCAACCUCAUCCUCACUGGAUCGCGGACCGUGGUCAUGGAGGUUAUGGAGGAGUCUGAUUGCUGAGGAUGAGGUUGUAUUGUAUUCGGUUACAGUCAACUUAAGGCCUCAGUAACCCAUUGGCUCUUGGUGGUCGAAAGCUUAAGAGUAAGAAUGUGGACUGUAUUGGCCGAAAUAAAUCCAUAGAUACCUUAUGACCUUGAUAUGGAGCCAAAUGGACUUAGCUACAUGAUGGACUUGAGACGCGGGGUCACAGCAACAGAAAACGGACGAGCCCCACUGUGAAGCCGUGUGUGCAUACAUCAUCAGUCUGAGACUCUGGCCAGUGUUCUGUGGUUAACAUGGAUACUGCUAGUGUUUUUUUUGCUCUCCCACAGCAGUUUAGACUUUUGACCUGUGCGCCUGCUGUUUGCUUUUCCACCCACUCCCUCGUUUGCUCCAAUGGAGGGUUCCUUCCUAGAAAGACAAGUACUUAGGGUGUUGUUGAUUAAGUGAGGUGGCACAUAUUGUCAACAACACCGCACUUUGUGACGUGGCAGAGGUGUUUUUGAGAGCAGUAGAAUUUAUUUUGAUGAUUUAGCUUUGCAUUUAGCUUGGAAUAUGUUUGGCAUUGAAUGCUAAAGUUUGGUAGCGGGAGUAACUUAAACCUUGUAUUCAUAUUGGACUGAAAAUAGCACAAUACUGUCAAACUGCAGAUCACAUACUUUCUGGCAGCAUAAAAAGGCUUGGAUGUCAUCUUGGUUUCUGAUUCCACUGCAAUAUUUUUUGGAAACCCACAAUACUGAUAAAAGUUCAAAUAAUCAAACAGUAGUAGCCUAUCAACAUGUUAAUCCUUUUUUAAUGUUUUUAUUUUGAAACAACAAAUCCGUGUGUUAUGUUAAUGCACAUAGAUAGGUUAUAGCAGUGAUAUUGUGCAUUUUGUCAAAUAUGUCAAGGGUAAUGCAUGAUCACAUAGUCUAACACAAGGUAUAAAGGACCCAAAGCACUAAAGGAGUUGUACUUUCAUAUAGCCAUAUAGCCCGACCCUAUACAUUUGUUAUGGUCAACUGAUCUUUAAAGGGUAUUAGUGCAGACCAGGCCAGCAAAGAGUAUCUGAAUUUGUGUUGGCGUCUGAUCAGUGUGAAAAUAUUUCAAUUAGCCAAUGAAUUAAUAAAAAUAAAGUAAUUUAAUGGAAAAUGUUAGCAAAUGUGUAUUUGAAUAAAUGUUUAUGAUAUUAAAGCAAUAACAUGAUU